AGCAAUUAAUUCAAUUUGAAUUUUGGCGCGCCUUUCGUUUAAAUGGAUUAGAAAUUACCUUAAAGUGCCUGUGAUCGUGUGUGUGUGUGUGUGAGAGUGAGUGAGUGUGUGCAAGUGUGUGUAAGAUGGAGCAUGCUGCAUUUGAUGAUCAAAUCUUUGGGGAUUUCGCCAGCGGCGGUCCUCUUAGCCCAUUGGGAGCUAAACCCUUAAUGCCAACCUCAGCAACUACGGCGGGAGCCACCGCAAUGCAUCCCGCCAUGCUGGGCAGUGUCCAUGAGUUGUGCAGCCAGCAACAACAACGUCUGCCCGAUUGCAAUACAAUCUUACCCAAUGGUGGCGGUGGCUCUCCGAGUUAUGUGCAAAAAUUGGAUUUCAAAAUGGGCUGCUAUUCACCUAGCCAGAAAUAUGAAUAUAUCUCAACGCCACAGAAGCUAAUGGACCAUCAUCAUCAUCAACAGCAGCAACAUUAUGCGAUUACGCCACCACCACAACCGCUUAACCAUCACAAUGGCAUCCUGACGCAUCACAAACAACAACAACAGCAGCAGCAGCAGCAGCAACAUCAACAACAUCAACUGGUUGGGAUCAUGGAUUAUCAUUCUUUAAACGGCAAACUGGACUAUUCACCCAAAGAUCCAUACGAGGCACAACAACUGCAACAUCAGCAGCAGCAACAUCCUCAUUCGCAUCAGCAUCAUCUCUAUGGCGAUAGUCCAGUCCAUCAUAGUCAUAACGAUGCCAAUGGCAUGAUGACAGACUCCACCCCAGUACUGAUCAAUGGCAAUGCUGGAGGAAGCACUGCAACAACCCCAACAUCGACAGCAGCAGCAACAUCGGCGGCGGCGGUGGCAGCGGCAGCGGCAACCUCCCUGGGAAAGCUUCAGAAGAAGCCCGAGGAUAUGUGCGGGCAAUUGGAUGGGGGACAUUCGGCCUCCACAUCAUCGUCUUCGGGCUCAUCAUCAUCGAAUGGUACGCCCAAUGGCACAGCUGGACAUGGAGCAGCAACAAGUCCAACAGUAGGUGUUGCUGGUGGUGUUCCCGUUCCAGUGCCCCCCAAAAAGGACAGCAAUAAUAAGAAAAAAGGCGAUCCCAAUGGCAUUAAGAAGAAGAAAACGAGAACAACAUUUACGGCUUAUCAGCUGGAGGAGCUGGAGCGUGCCUUUGAACGUGCCCCCUAUCCAGAUGUCUUUGCCCGCGAGGAACUGGCCAUGAAACUGAACUUAAGUGAAUCCCGGGUGCAGGUCUGGUUCCAGAAUCGACGGGCCAAAUGGCGGAAGCAUGAGCCACCACGUAAAACGGGUUACAUUAAGACAAGCAGCAGCACUCCGCCGACGGCAACAUUGAACAGUUCUUUGGCUCCACCGUUCGCCACCUUUCCACAGACAACGACUGUGACACCGCCGGGCAGCAUGGAUAGUUGGACUAGCUAUCAGACACCCUACGAACUGACGCCACAAUUCAGUUUACUGUCACCGGCCGCCAGUCCUUAUGGCACAUAUUCGGGACAAUAUGCACCCUAUGUCCAUGAAUCCCAAUUAUUUCCCAUGCGACACUUUGAUUAUGGCAGUCCCACACGCUUAGAGGGCGGAGUCGGAGCCGGAGCAGGUAGUGGUGGCAGCAGCAAUGGUGGCGCUGCAACUGGUGAUCCGGAAUCCAGUUACCAGACAACGGACAUGCAAUCCUCCCAGCAGCAAUUGGCUGAUGGAACUUUGGUCACUGUGCAACAUUCUCAGCACUCACAGCAGCAACAACAACAACAACAACUGAAUGGCACCAAAUAUCUCACCGCCGAGGAGGCUAAAUAUGUGCAGGUUCAAUGCCAUCAAACUGGCUUAGUAGAGGUCACUAGUCCUGGCAAUUGUCAUUUGGUUGAGGCUCAGGCACAUUAUGUCACCGCACCGGUGGGUUCCGGAGCUGGCGGUGGCAGCAGCACCGGCGGCGGUAGCGAUGACAAUGACAGCGGUUUAACAACUGUGAUCAAAAGUGAGGAUCCCACCCAAGGCCAACAGGCCCAGAGCUAUGUCCUGCCGCCUUUUUUGCACUAAAAGAAAUGCUCACACACCGACGACAGCAACAACUCUCAUCAUCCAGGCGCUGUCCUCCUUUCAUGUCGCCAGCUACCAGCAGUAGCUACUGUCGUUUCAAGAGGCCAUUCUAAAGAACCAUUUGGCCAUAUUGUGUGCAGCAUUUCAAACAACAACAGAUAAAGCAGAUUCAAAGCAAAGUAUAUAUAUAAGGUAUGCCAAAAAUAUACCUAAAUAUCGCCGAUUUUUCUCAAAAUUUUUAUAGUUAUCGAAUUCUGAAGUCACAUGUUAAGAGCAGAUUUGCUACAAUAAUAGUUAGCUCUCUUAAUUUCUAUUAAUUUUUGUUUUUAUUUCUUUAUUUUGUUAUCACUUGGAAGAGAUUCUUGAAACCGUCCGGUUCUUGUAUUGGUAUAUUCAUUUUGUCUUUGUCAUAUUGUUGUAGGUUCCUUUUUUUAAUGUAAUUUACAUUUAAAUAUAUAUAU